AUGAAGCCGGCGCCACCUGUCACCAUGGGGGACGUUGCGGGGGGGCGUCCUGCCCUGGAGGCAGCAGCGUCACCAGGUGAUCAUGCUGUUCUGUGUAUCAGAAUCAACAAUGUUGCCACAGCUGUGGGAAAAGAAGCCAGACUUCACCUGUUUCGAGCAGAGGAAUGGCUGGACUUACAGGACCAAGAUCAUAGCUGUACAGAAAAAUUCUCUAAAGCUCAGCUGACAAUGUCUAUGAACCACACAGACCAAAAUAUGACAGUGUCCCAGAUUCCAUAUCCAGAAACAUGGUAUGUGUUUUAUGUAGACAAGUUUACCUGCGAGGAGAAUUAUGAAAAUUCUGAAUCCGAGGAUGUUCAGUUUGAAAUGGUGUUACUAAACCCAGAUGCAGAAGGGAAUCCAUUAGAUCACUUUAGCGCAGGGGAAUCUGGAUUACAUGAAUUUUUUUUCUUACUUAUUCUAGUCUACUUUGUAGCUGCUUGCAUAUACGCUCAAUCACUAUGGCAGACUGUUAAGAAAAGUGGACCUAUGCAUGCUGCAUUAAAGGUACUGUCAACUGCAUUACUGUUACAGAGUGGUUCAGCUUUAGCCAACUACCUGCAUUUCUCAAGUUACUCUAAAGAUGGAAUAGGGGCACCUCUUGUGGGAAGUUUGGCAGAAUUGUGCGAUGUAGUCUCUCAGAUACAAAUGUUGUACCUGUUGUUGAGUUUAUGUAUGGGUUGGACAGUAGGCAGAAUGAAGAAAUCUCAAAGCAGACCCCUUCAGUGGGAUUCAACUCCAACCUCAACUGGCAUUGCUGUAGUUAUUGUUGUUAUGCAGAGUAUUUUACUGAUUUGGGAACAGUUUGAAGAUACAAAUCAUCACAGCUACCAUUUGCACUACAGUUUAGCAAGUGGACUUCUCACUGGUCUAAGAGUUUGCCUAGCUCUGUCAUUGGCCUGUAGCCUUUAUCAGAUCAUCACAGUGGAGAGAAGUACACUCAAAAGGGAGUUCUAUAUCACCUUUGCCAAAGCCUGCAUCCUGUGGUUUUUGUGCCACCCGUGUCUUGCAACCAUUUCUUUAAUAUUUAGAGAAUAUCAGAGAGAGAAGAUUAUUACCAUAGGUGUUAUCCUCUGUCAGGCUGUCUCCAUGGUGGUCCUCUACAGACUUUUUCUGUCUCAUAGCCUAUACUGGGAAGUGUCUUCUCUGUCAUCAGUGACAUUACCAUUAACAGUACCAUCUGGACAUAAAAAUCGACAUCACUUCUGACAUAAUUAGGAAAAGACACAGUUAGGUAACAGAUGUGCUUAAUGACUUAAGUAUACAUACAUUUAUUUACUUAAGUAUGCAGUCAUACUUAAUGACUUAAGUAUGCAGAUAUUUGCUUCAGGAAAACAUGCUACUCUGGUUUCACUGGAAAACACAGAUCAUAAAAGUAGGGCUCUUCACUGAUACUGAAUUUGAACAGGUCACCUGGUUAGGUGCAUUCACUAAAAAUGUGGUAUUAAAAUAUAUUUAAAAUUUUAAUGUUUAAAUGCAGGUUAUUUCUAUGUUACGUGCUGUGUGCUGAGGUAUAUGACAACAAAGGAAGACCAGUCUCUCUGUUCACAUUCAUAACUAUGUUUUUCAAUCUAAGACCUUCCCCAUCUUGCACCAAUUUUAGUUUUUAAGGUUCUAGAAAAAACUGUUCUUCAAAUGACUGUAACAUCAAACAAGGGUGGGAUAGACCAGUCUGAAAUCUCUGUAGUGUAAUGAAUAAAAAGGUUGUGUUGUUUUUUUCUUCCUGUACUUUGUAGACAGUACACUUUAUGUUUACAUUUUUAAAUGAAAACAAACUUGUUCCAGGAAACCAGUGUAAAAUGUUUACAGGUAAAUGCAGUAAACUCUUGUUUGUUAUUUGUGCAAAUGACGCACUUUUUUGCUAGUGGUGUUGAUGUUGGUUUAAUUUUUAUUUUUAAAAAUCUAUUGCUACCUAUGUUACACUUUUUUAAAAUAAAUGCUACUAAGACAUAAUACAGAAGCAAAAGGCUAAAUACUAUGUGAGGCUGUAAAGUGAUGGCAACAUGAAUGUAAUAAAAACAGCACUCUUGCAUCUUUUAGAAAUAGGAAAGAAAAUGGAAUGUGUGAUGUGGUACUAGAAUUUUAAUCCUGAUAUAAUUCAUUUCUCUUACAUUGAGGAUUCAAUCAUAAUUAAGCCAUAUACACAGAUUAAAUUAACAGAAGCAUUUCAAAUAAAUGUUGGUUUCAGUCAUCAACUACCCAUGAAUUCCUGCCCAAGGAUACUUAAUCAGGAUUAAAUUUUCUAUGAAUAAUUGAAAAACAAAAUACUCACUGGAUUUGUUAUAAUCCAUGUUGGCACUGGGUUCUAAGUAGUUGCCAUCUUCCAUCCAUUGUAAUAAAGCCAUACUACUUUGUGAUGCCCUAGUAUUCAGCAAGCUAGUGUAAAUAUACUUUAUUGAAGUGCCUAUUUAUUGAGUGUGAUUUAAAUCAUGCUGACAUUUUUUUUCUUUAUAAUAUUAACAUUCCUUUUGAGUUCUUGAUUGAAAUCUUUCUACUUGUAUUUAGUUUGAUAUUUGUCAAAUUUUGUAGACAUAUUAUUGUUGAAUAUUGUGUUCUUUCAGUACAUGGAUUUUAUUUACUGGCAAAUGAAUUUUCACUCCUUUACAAAUUGU